UUUAUAUAAAUAACUAACCUAAAUGUGAAAUUCUGAAUAAACUCAACCUUGCCCCAACUUGUUCCUAUAAACCCUAAUUUCCUUCCCCUGUGUUAUACGUACCAAAAUUCAACUUCUAGUUUGGUAUUUUCCCCUUUUAAGAUAGCCCUAAUCUUAUUCAGUCCCAAAUUGUAGUUUAAUUAUAUAGGAAAAAGAAGGAAAAUUUAGUUAAAAAGUUGAAGGGAAGAUGAGUGUGAAUGAAUUUGGAGAUGGGGUUGCAUGGUACAGAGGAGCAAUGGUAGGAAAAGGAAGUUUUGGUUGUGUUUAUUUGGCUACUUUGAAGAAUCCUAGAUUGAAAAACAGCUACUUUCCAGCAGUUAUGGCUGUGAAAUCUGCUGAGGUUUCAGUUUCAGGUUCAAUUCAAAAGGAAAGGGAGGUUUUGAACAACAUCAAGGGUUGUCCUUAUAUAAUUCGAUGCUUUGGUGAUGAGACUACCACAGGUCAAAAUGGUGCAAUGGUUUAUAACUUGUUGUUGGAGUAUGGUUCAGGUGGAACCCUAGCUGAGAGGAUCAAGAAAUCCGGAAUCAAAGGAUUGUCCGAAUUUGAGGUAAGGAAUUAUACAAGAUCUAUGCUUAGAGGGUUGCAUUUUAUUCAUACAAUUGGUUAUGUUCAUUGUGAUAUGAAACCUGAUAAUGUGUUGCUCGUGCCGAAUUCGAGCGAGGGUAGUGGUGCUGAAUUUAGGGCAAAGAUUGGUGAUUUAGGGUUGGCUAAAAGAGAAAAUCAGAGCAAGAAGAGGAGGUUGGAGCCUUACUGGAGAGGUACUCCAAUGUAUUUGUCGCCAGAAGCUGUUUCAGAUAACGUGCAAGAGUGUCCUGCUGAUAUUUGGGCUUUAGGGUGUAUUGUGCUUGAGAUGUUAACUGGAAAACCUCCAUGGGAUAGAGAAGAAGAUAUGGAUGCUGAGGAUGUCCUUAAAAAGAUUGGGGGAGGACACGAAUUGCCUAAAAUUCCAGGCAACUUAUCGAAGGAGGCAAAAAAUUUCUUGAAGGGUUGUUUCGUGAGGAACCCUAGGUAUAGAUGGACCGCCGAGAUGCUGAUGAAUCAUCCAUUUGUUGAGGGAUUGAUUGAUGAUGAAGGAGUUGAACGGCCACUGGAGGUCGAAGAUAUAAAUGUAGUUGAUUCUAUUCUCCUGAUUACUGAGAGUGAUGAUGAAUUGGCCUAUUAUUCGGAAGAUUGGAGUUGUGUAUCUGAAGAUGAUUCCUUUGGAUACUGGUCUGAGGAUGAUUAUGAGGAAAUGGAGAAUGAAAUGACAUCUUAUUUUGCUGAUGAAGAGAUAUUUAAGGAUGCUUGCCAGAUUAUGCAUCUAAUCAAAAAUCUUGGAACAGCUGUAGUCUUCUUCAUCACUGUCUUAUUAUCAUGAAAUGCAUGAACCGGCUAACAAGCUAUUGAAGAUUUCAGUCACCAGUUUUUUGAGUCAACUUCUUUCUAAUUAGAAGAUGAGGAUUUCAUGUCUGGAAAUAGAUGGCUAUACUCUACAGCUGAAGUUGCUCCAAAAGCAUAGGUGGCUUUCAAGCCUGAAAUGAAGAGCUGUUUAUGAAGCCAAUGCUGAUGAUAACAGAGAUAUCACUAUAGGAUUUUUAUGCUGGCAAUUAGCGAAGAAACUGCAGGUAUCGACAGUGAAGAUCAAGUUGAUGUUUGUUUCAAGUGUAGCCACUACUCCCCAUCUUGCUAUUCAGUAUUCAGGUUCAAAACAGAGUUGAUACUAGGUGUUCAUUCCUUUUGUUUCCAUUUACCAAUGUCAAAAUAAAAGCUCUUAAAUUCCCCAAGGUUGUCGAAACAAAUCCUGUGUAUAAAAUACUUAAGCAAAUUCUUCUUCUAUUUCCAGUCAGUACUUUUUUUUAAUGCUAUUAGCGUAAUUUC